GUCCUCGUGAUUCAUGCUUUAUACCUGUAUUUCAGAUAAAGCCUUUUGUGGUUUUCCCCAUAGUCACUGACAUUGGUAAUUCAUGCAUCAUACCUAUAUUUCAGAUAAAGCCUUUUUCGGUUUUCCCCAUAGUCAUUGACAUUGGUAAUGCAUUGUUCGCUCCGCGCCAUCCAGAAUGUUCGAAUGGUAAUAAUAUUUCACGUACCGACGAAUGACGUCAUAUGAUAUUGAACUUUGGAUGGACUAGGUCGACGGUCGGAUCGCGCGCUUGCAAAAUCAUUGCUAAAUCCGCCUCUUAGCUUCCGCAUUGGCCAUUGCAUGGUGUGAACAACAGCUAGAUCUACCACCUCCCAUGUCAAAGAAACAAGACUGAUUGAUUGCAAUUUGAAAAGAUAUAUUUGCGUUUUCAUCAUCAACAUAAGCAAGGUAAAGCAAUAUGGCCAAAGCACCAGCAGUAGGAAUUGAUCUUGGAACAACAUACUCGUGUGUUGGAGUAUUUCAGCAUGGGAAAGUUGAAAUCAUUGCUAACGACCAAGGAAACAGGACAACCCCAAGCUAUGUAGCCUUCACUGAUACAGAGCGUCUGAUCGGAGAUGCAGCAAAGAACCAGACCGCCAUGAAUCCAAACAACACCGUCUUUGAUGCUAAGCGCCUCAUUGGUCGAAACUUCGGAGACGCAUGUGUGAAGGCUGAUAUGAAGCAUUGGCCAUUCGAUGUGAUUGAGGAGGGUGGCAGACCCAAGAUACAGAUCGAGUUCAAGGGAGAAACCAAGACGUUCUAUGCUGAGGAGAUCAGUUCCAUGGUGCUGCUGAAGAUGAAAGAUACUGCAGAGGCAUACCUAGGAAAGAAAGUAACAGAUGCUGUUGUUACUGUACCAGCCUACUUCAAUGACUCCCAGAGACAGGCAACGAAGGAUGCUGGUGUUAUCUCUGGUAUGAACAUCUUGCGUAUCAUCAAUGAACCUACUGCAGCUGCUAUUGCUUAUGGUCUUGACAAGAAGGUCGGUGCUGAACGCAACGUCCUGAUCUUUGACCUGGGAGGUGGAACCUUCGAUGUGUCUGUGCUCACAAUCGAAGAGGGUAUCUUUGAAGUGAAGUCGACCUCCGGCGACACUCACUUGGGUGGUGAGGACUUUGACAACCGCAUGGUCAACCACUUCAUCACAGAGUUCAAGAGGAAGCACAAGAAAGACAUCACCCCCAACAAGAGGGCAGUGAGGAGACUGAGGACGGCUUGUGAAAGGGCCAAGAGGACACUCUCAUCAAGCACACAGGCCAACAUUGAGAUCGAUUCCCUGUUUGAGGGUAUCGACUACUACACCUCCAUCACCCGUGCUCGAUUUGAGGAACUCAACUCUGACCUUUUCCGUGGCACCCUGGAGCCUGUUGAAAAUGCCCUUCGUGAUGCCAAAUUGGAUAAGGAUAAGAUCCAUGAGAUUGUCUUGGUUGGUGGCUCCACCAGGAUCCCCAAGAUCCAGAAGCUCCUGCAGGACUUCUUCAAUGGCAAAGAACUCAACAAGAGCAUCAACCCUGAUGAGGCUGUCGCUUAUGGAGCAGCUGUUCAAGCUGCCAUCCUGUCUGGGGACAAGUCCAGUGAAGUCCAAGACCUGCUCCUUCUGGAUGUUGCCCCACUGUCCAUGGGUAUCGAGACGGCUGGUGGUGUCAUGACCCCUCUUAUCAAGAGGAACACAACCAUCCCAACCAAGCAGACCAACACCUUUACAACCUAUGCUGACAAUCAACCAGGUGUGCUCAUUCAAGUCUACGAGGGAGAGCGUACCAUGACCAAGAACAACAACCUCCUUGGGAAGUUUGAGCUGUCCGGUAUUCCACCAGCACCAAGGGGAGUCCCCCAGAUCGAUGUGUCAUUUGACAUUGAUGCCAAUGGUAUCCUCAACGUAUCUGCAGUGGAUAAGAGUACUGGCAAGGAGAACAAAAUUACCAUCACCAACGACAAGGGACGUCUCAGCAAGGAGGAGAUUGAGAAGAUGGUUGCCGAUGCCGAGAAGUACAAGGAGGAAGAUGACAAGGAAAAGGACAGGAUCUCGGCCAAGAAUGCCCUUGAGAGCUAUGCCUACAACAUGAAGAGCACCAUGGAAGAUGAGAAGAUCAAGGAUAAGAUCGCAGAGGACGACAAGACUAAGAUCAUGGACAAGUGCAAGGAAGUCUUGGAUUGGCUGGACGCCAACCAGACUGCUGAGAAGGAGGAGUAUGAGCACCAACAGAAAGAAUUGGAAGGUAUCUGCACCCCCAUCAUCACCAAGAUGUACCAAGCUGCUGGUGGUGCCCCCGGUGGCAUGCCAGGUGGUAUGCCAGGUGGUAUGCCCGGUGGUAUGCCUGGUGGUAUGCCCGGUGGUCCCAGUGGUGGAGACAGUGGUACCGGUGGUGGCCCCACCAUUGAGGAGGUUGAUUAAAGGUCACUGCUGAUGGAUAUAUACCAAGCAACAACUCAGCUGUAGAAUUUCAUCAAUUAAUCAAUGUUACCACACAGAUUUGGAGAAGAAACUUGAUUCUAUAGACAUUACUUGGAACAUUUGUAAUUUUAGCAUAGAAAUAUUCAUACCUUAAUGCAUGAUUUAUAUAAGGCAGUACCUUAAAUACCGUAUGUAUUCUUAUAUAAAGAACUUCAAAUCAGUCAAUCACUGAAAUGUUGAAAUUUAAACAUAAUGCUAUCAUAUUAUAUUUUAAAAGCUGCAAUAUUAAUGUAAUGCCAAAGUCAUUUAUCUGUCACGACAAUCUCCAGCAGCACUACAGAAGUUUGCUUUUUGCCCAGUUUAUUAUGUGAUUAGUAUGUGCCACAUGAAAUCACUGAAAUGUUGAACUUGAAACAUGCUGCUAUCAUAUUAUAUUUAAAAACCUGCAAUAUUAAUGUAAGGCCAAAGUCAUUUAUCUGUCAUGACAAUCUCAAGCAGAACUAAAGAAGUUUUCUUUUUGCUCAUUUUAUUAUGUGAUAAGUACAGUACGUGCCAAAUGAAAAACAUUACUCAAUGCUGCAAUCAUAAAACACUAUUUCUCUGCUGUGAUAAAAGAAAUGAUUUGUUUUCGAAAAUAUUUUGGUAAUUUUUAGCAUUUUUUAAAGUACAAGUUUGUGAAAAGACUAAUAAUAUUUGUGUUGUUUUAGAAAAUUAUGAAUUCUUGAUGAACGACUUCAAAUUUUAAAGAUGUACUUCAAUAUGCAAAAAAAGAUAUAUUCAGUUAAAUACCAAACAUGUUUAUUUUCACAAAUGUCUUUAAUUGGAUUGUGUGGAUUUCUAAGAAUUGAACAAAAGCCCCCAACAUUGUUAUUGCAUAUCUUUUUAAAAAUGACUACCUGUGUGCACAUUGCUGUUUAUAAACAAGAUUUAAAAGCCUUAGAUAAGUCUUGGAUGUUCUUGUGCUUUUAUUUAUACCAUUGGAAGAGCAUAUUCAUGUAGAUGUUUUACCAAUUCAAAUGAUUAUUUCAAAUCUCAUGUGGAGAUUAUCCUUUUCAGAUUGGCAAGGGGUGAAUGAAAUAUUGAAAUAAUAUUCUUGGCGGUUGUAUCGUUCGCUUUUUUGACAGUGAGAAAAUAUUUUUAACUACCCUAUCUCCAGUUAUAUUUUUGAACUGUAUUGAUUUUUCUUUCCUUUGUCAAUUUUUUAUAUUUGAUGUAGUCAAUAGAGCUUGAUGUACCGGUAUUCUAAACUGAUUAUUAUGAUUGAAAUAUGGAGCUGAAAUAACUUUUUAAUUAUUAUUUACAUUUUUCGAUAACUUGUAUUCCAUCUACCUUGCCUCUGAUUCUUUCUCAAUUUAUACUGAUCUGUUUUUUAAAGUUUUUUUUUAAAACGAGAGCCAAUUUUCUUGUCCAUUUUGAAAUCAACUACGUACCCAUGUGAGCUUAUUGCGUAAUAACUCAACUAAAACAACUCGUGAAAAAAUGCCCUAGAUUCAAUGUAGAAUAUUCAAUAAAAAAUGAGUACAAGAAUAUUUGAAAUCCGAUUCUGAAGUAAUGUUUUCUGUUAUUUUGAAAACUAUGAAACUUACAUGUCUAAUACAUGUACCCGGUAGUAUCCACUUUUACCUAAAACUUUCUUUGCACUCAGUUUUGGAAUGUAUUUGUCUUUUGGUUCUUGUGCAUUUUAACAGAUGAUAUAGCCACUAGUAAUGCAUAUACAUGUAUGUUGUGAUGACUCAAAGGAGGAUGUGAUACACUUAGAUGUUGCUUGAUAUGAGGUAGAAAUACCUCUUGGUUUCCUUUCAUGGACUAUGUUGUACCUAUUGUGAAACAAAGUCUAAAUAAAACACAAAAUAUAAAAGAAGUG